CAGUGCAUGAUGGGUAAUGGCGUUUGUAUGUAUGGCAGUGCAUAUUUUCGUCGAGUUUAAAUCGAAUUAUGCCGCGUUGUGAGCUGAACUUUAUCGCAGCUUCGCUCAAUCUUCUCACCGAGUGAAAAACUUGCAGAAUUAGAGUUGUGAAGAGUUGAAUUGACGACUAAGCGAAACAGGAUGGACGAGGAACUUGAUAACAUGUCGGGGAGCGAUUUCGAUGAUGAUGAGGAUCCUGAUAAGAUUGAGGUGCCUGGUGGUGGGAAGGAUCUCGCUGCGGCUGCCGCUAUCCAGGAGACUCGGGAGUCGAAACUCAAGUUGGAAGAUAUGGUGAAGAACGAAGUGAAACCAACUCCGAUGACAAUGGGGGGCAACAGCAAAAUGCCCGGGAAUAUGACUCUGGGACCUUAUGACAUGAUGCGCAAUUCUCCAAUGGGUUCCCCAUACAGUAUGGGCAGUGUGGCCGCGAUGGCCAGCAUGCUCAGCAGUUUGGGGGGCCCCAUGAACAUGGGCUCCAUGUUUCCGCCCUCUGGUCCGGGUGGCUUCAACGCAGCCCAAUUUCUCCAACAGAGUAAGUCCAACUCGCUUAAACAACUGGAGAUGGCGGCGUUGGGGAUGAACAGCCCCUACAUGCAGAAUCCGUUUCUGCAGAAUUUGUCGGCCCUGCUGUACUCAAACCCGACGGGGCCGCCGACGUGGGGCGGCCAGUUGAGCAAUAAGGCGGUGGCGUCGAUGUGGAUGAACGCCGGGGCGAAGCCGAUGCACCACCAGGAGGAGGAAGAGGUCGACGAUGAAGAGCUCGGCGUCGCCGAGACCUACGCCGACUACAUGCCCUCGAAGCUCAAGCUCGGCAAGAAGCACCCGGAUCCCGUCGUCGAGACCGCCUCCCUCUCGUCCGUGGCGCCCGCCGACGUCUGGUAUAAGCUCUCCAUCCCCGACGACACCAUCCGGUCGGGCGCCCUCUCUGCCCUGCAGCUCGAGAGCAUCACCUACGCGUGCCAGGCGCACGAACACAUCCUGCCCGACGGCUCGCGCGCUGGCUUCCUCAUCGGCGACGGCGCCGGCGUCGGCAAGGGCCGCACCAUCGCCGGGGUAAUCUUCGAAAACUACAUGAAGGGGCGUAAGCGCGCCAUCUGGGUGUCGGUCUCGAACGAUCUCAAGUACGACGCUGAGCGCGACCUGCGCGACAUCGGAGCCGGCCGGAUCGAGGUCCACCCGCUGAACAAAUUCAAAUACGCGAAGAUCUCGUCGGCGGUGAACGGGAACGUCAAGAAGGGGGUGAUUUUCAGCACGUACUCGGCGCUGAUUGGCGAGAGCAAUUCGGCGGGGGGGAAGUACAAGUCGAGGCUGAAGCAGCUGCUGCAGUGGUGCGGGCAGGAUUUUGAUGGUUUGAUUAUCUUUGACGAGUGUCACAGGGCGAAGAAUCUGUGUCCGGUGGGGUCGUCGAAGCCGACGAAGACAGGUUUGACGGUUUUGGAAAUACAGAACAAAUUACCCAAAGCGCGGGUCGUUUACGCGUCCGCUACGGGUGCCUCGGAACCCAGGAAUAUGGCAUAUAUGGUACGGUUGGGCAUGUGGGGUGAAGGCACACCAUUCAAAGAGUUUGCCGAUUUUAUUUCGGCAGUGGAAAAGAGAGGAGUCGGUGCUAUGGAGAUCGUGGCGAUGGAUAUGAAGUUGAGAGGCAUGUACAUCGCCCGCCAGCUUAGUUUCCACGGCGUCGCCUUCAAAAUCGAAGAGGUCCCCCUAUCCAAAGAUUUCGAAAAAACCUACGACGCCAGCGUCAGACUAUGGGUGGAAGCCAUGCAGAAAUUCCACGAGGCCGCCGAACUCGUCGAUGCCGAAAACCGCAUGCGCAAGACCAUGUGGGGUCAGUUCUGGUCCGCUCACCAGAGAUUCUUCAAGUACUUGUGCAUAGCGGCGAAAGUGCCGCACGCCGUGGCGGUGGCACACGAAGCCAUCAAGUGCGGCAAAUGCGUAGUUAUAGGCUUACAGAGUACGGGAGAAGCGCGAACUUUGGAACAGCUAGAGAGGGACGACGGCGAGCUCACCGACUUCGUAUCGACGGCAAAAGGCGUGUUUCAAACCCUGGUGGAGAAACAUUUCCCGGCGCCGGACCGCAGCAGGAUACACAGGCUGUUGGGGCUCGAGCCGCCGUCGAGCGUGUCGAAGAAGGCGGCGAACGGCAACGACGAAGGCAGCUCGUCUGGGAAGCGUAAAAUGCGCCAGGCUGCCGUCAGAGCUGUGAAGAGGAACAAAUGGUCGACGUCGGAUAGUGAUAACGAUUCCGUGAAGAGCGCAGAUUCGGAGUAUCACAUGUCUGAUGUCGAGAGUGAGAUUUCUGAGGAACAUUCCGAUUCGAACGCCAGCAGCGAUUUUAAUCCGUUUAAUUCGGAUAGUGAUUCGGACAAUGAUCCGUGGAGUCGUAACAAGAAGAAGGGGAAGAAGCAGAAGAAGUCCCCGAAGAAGAGGACGUCUACGCAGGAUAAAUUAUCGAUGAUAUUAACACAGAAGACUAACAAAGCCAAAGUGAACGGCGGCGUGGCCACCGAAACGAAGCCCACCGCCCCCCCGAUGGACGCCAUCGAGCGCGCUUGCAGCAUGAAGGAGGAGAUCCUCAUCAAGAUCGAGCGUCUCGGCGAACGCCUCCCUCCGAACACGCUCGACCAGCUAAUCGACGAGCUCGGAGGCCCCGAGAACGUCGCCGAGAUGACCGGUCGCAAAGGACGCGUUGUCCAGACCGAGGACGGCGGCAUCCAGUACGAGAGCCGUUCCGAGUGCGACGUCCCCCUAGAAACGCUCAACCUGACCGAGAAGCAGCGCUUCAUGGACGGCGAGAAGGACGUCGCCAUCAUCUCGGAGGCGGCGUCCAGCGGCAUAUCGCUGCAGAGCGACCGGAGGGUCAAGAACCAGAGGCGGCGCGUCCACAUCACCUUGGAACUACCGUGGUCGGCGGACAGGGCGAUCCAGCAGUUCGGCAGGACGCACCGCAGUAACCAGGUGAACGCUCCAGAGUACAUAUUUUUGAUCUCGGAUUUGGCCGGAGAGAGGCGAUUUGCGUCGAUCGUGGCGAAGAGGUUGGAGAGUUUGGGGGCGUUGACGCACGGUGAUAGGAGGGCGACCGAAACUAGAGAUUUAAGUCAGUUUAAUAUUGAUAAUAAGUACGGAAGGGCGGCGCUGGAGUCGACCAUGAAGGCGGUCAUGGGGUACGAGAGCCCGUUGGUACCACCGCCGAGGGAUUACAAGGGUGACUUCUUCAAGGACGUCGCCGCCGCGCUGGUGGGGGUGGGGUUGAUUGUGAAUAGUGAGUCGAUGCCGGGGGUGCUGUCUUUGGAUAAGGAUUAUAAUAAUAUGUCGAAGUUCCUUAAUAGAAUACUCGGAAUGCCUGUAGAAUUACAAAAUAGACUGUUCAGGUAUUUCACCGACACGCUCGAGGCAAUAAUAACCCAGGCGAAGCGCUCCGGCCGCUUCGACCUCGGUAUCCUCGACCUGGGCGCCGGCGGCGAGAUGGUGAAGCGCGUGCGCACCGUCACGUUCCUCCGCAAACACGCCACCGGCACCGCCCCCACCGAGCUGCACACCGUGCACGUGGAGCGCGGCAUGUCGUGGCCGGAGGCGCUCGAGAAGCUCUCCGAGCUGACCGGCGAGGACGAGGGCUUCUACAUAUCGCACCAGAUCCGCAACGGCAAGCACACGGCCAUCCUGGCGGUGGCCGUCGAGACCUCCGCCUCCAAGAAGAACAAGAGCGAGUCGAAGAAAGAGCAGAUGUUCUCGGUGUACCGGCCGAACACGGGCCUCCAGUUCCGGCAGGAGAGCCUCGCCGAGCUGGAGAAGAAGUAUAAGAAGGUGGAGUCGGCGGACGCGGAGGAGGCGUGGACGCAGCAGUACGACAGCUCGGUGAACACGUGCUCGCACGCCUACUGGCGAGGCAACUGCAGGAACGUGAACCUGGGGCACGACUGCGAGGUGGGGCUGCGGAGGCGAACGUACAACGUGGUGGCCGGAUCGGUGCUGUCGGUGUGGAGCCGAGUGGAGGGCGUGCUGGCGAGCAAGAACGGGACGCACAACAACAAGAUGCAGGUGAUCAGGCUGCGCACGAAGGACGACCUGAAGGUGGUUGGUACGUUAAUACCAAAGAACUGCGUGGACGCACUGAUCGAAGCGCUCUCCUCGGAUGCGGAAAAGACGGAAGAAGUGACUUUCGAUUAGGAAUUCUCAAGUCUGACGAAGUAGUGUAACGUAUACAGGGCCUCUAGUAGUAUUCAAAAUGGCACAGAAAGUGACAUUCAAAAACUAAAGACGUUGGAAGUGUUUACACGGUGACUGUAUGAUAGGUUUUAGAGAAAAAGUUCCAAGUAUUUUCUAAAAGUGUGUUCAACACGCUGCAAAACAUCGUUUCAUUCAUUCAACAAAAUCUGUGAAAUAGAUUUAUUUAGGUAAAUGUGUAUUUAUAUGACUUGUAGGUUUUUAAAUUUAACCAUUCGUGGUUAUGUUCCCUUUUCUUUAUAGGUCGUUUUUGUUGUUUUUUUUUUAUGAUAUAUAAGUUUAGUGUGCGUGAUACAAAUAUAUAAAUAUUAAGA